AGAUAACAAUUUUACGUUAUUAACCCUCGGCGUGCAUGCGCAGCGAGGGUUACGGUGAGGAUGAGUUGAGUGGGUCAGAAGGCUCGGAGAUGGCGGCUGAGUUGGAGGAGAAGGAGGCCAUUGCUCUGCAGCAGAGAAUGACCGCUGCCAUCAGCGAGGCAGACUUCAUGGCUCCAACCCUACCUGAAGAGGAUGGGGAGCAGGAAGAUGGAGCAGAGAAGGAGGAACAUGUGGCGCAGGAUUUCUCAAAGAUGUCACGAGAAGACAAGUUGGCACUGCUAGAGAAGGAUUCCCCAGAGCUAUUCGAUCUUCUGGAGGACUUUGACUUCAACAUGUCGGAGACAGUGGAACUGCUCGGAUUCCAGUCCAGAGUGGCCAAAGACUCGCCUACCUUCACUGACGAGGGAAGAGAAUAUUUGGACUGCAAGCUGCAUCUCGAUCUUCUGUAUUGCAUGAACAUAAUGUUCUACCUCUACCUGAAAGCGUCAGGUCUGCCUGUCAAAACUCAUCCAGUCAUCCAGCGCAUAGUUCAAAUCAAAAAGAUGAUUGGUCAGUUGGAGCCACUGGCCAGUGAAAUGCAAGGACAGAUCGAGGCUCUUUUAUCCUCUCUGAAUUCUGAAACACCAGAGGAAAAUCCAGCUAUGGACCAAUAUUCAGCCGUGGAAGAUGGUGUUAGUAAAAAGCCACGAAAGAGAAAACAAGGAGUGAGAGAAACGGAAAUUGAAACCAAGAUCAAAUCCGUGAAGAAGAAAAGUGCCAAAAUUUCUGGGGCGAGUGUCCAGUCUGGGUUAGUUGAAGAGGAUCCACUGGAUUACUAUGACAGGGUUUUGGAAGAGAAGAAGAGAAAGAGAGAGCAGAGAACGGAGAGAAGAAGAAAGGAAGAGGGCAGAGGGAGAGAAGGAAGCCGACCUUGAUGAGGGAGAAGAUGGAAAAAGAGCCGUCACUUACCAGAUAUCUCGCAAUAGAGGGCUGAUUCCACAGAGGAAGAAAGAGCUGAGAAAUCCUCGAGUGAAGCAUAGGAACAAGUUCAGAAAGGCCUUGAUCAAGCAUAAGGGCCAGGUGCGUGAGGUAAUGAAGGAGCUCCAUCGCUACGGAGGUGAAUCCUCUGGCAUCAGAGCCAACGUCUCACACAGCAUCAAAAUCAAAUGAGCCAACUUUGGGCCCUUCCGUAACCUUGAACACGGUUUCCCUGCACACGCGGAUGUACUCAUAAGUCAUAAAACACUUCCAUAAUAUCUUCUUUUUCACGUGUAAGAGAGUGUUGCUACAUCGUAAGGGUGUCUGUUUAUGUCUUGCCCUGAUUCCAUGUCGGCCUCGGUCUGCAGUCCAUUCCGCAGUACCUGUUCCAUUCCAUCAGACAACAUGAAAGUAGGUCUGGUUCCGGUAUUUCCAUUUCGGUGGAACGGAUUAGCGACAGAGUAGAUUUUGAGAUCUCUGAUACCAAACUGGUUCCAUUCUGGAGACGGCUGUCUCAGAACGAGACGGAGACUAAUUACUUUCUCCAGCGAGGCUAGGAAGUGGGCUUUAUUUAGGACAACCAAGCUCUGGCUGCCUCGUUCACAGUGGCAGUUUGGCAUCAGUUGAACCCUUUCUAUUCCUGUUCUCCAUUCCUUUUGAGUUGGGUGGUCGGAUUUCAAAUUUGAAAUCUGCUCAGAGAGCCGGCUACAGUACUUGAGUGUGAGGGUAUGAGUGUAGUAGUUUUGGAACGAGAUGCACCCUACGACCUCUGGAAUGGAGGAACGGAAUUCCACGUCCACCACCUGACAACCUGAUGGUCUGGUCUCAUUCCCAGAGUUUGGUACUGAACCUGGACCCUGCCGAGCCCAGCCCCUCUGUCCUGAUGUAAUACAUCAUCACAGAAAGAUGAA